AUGUUGUGUCCCUUAAACGCCUCAGUCAUAUGGAGCAGCGCAGCAAUUGGAAUCGCAGCCAGGUACGCCGAUCUCUUGGCAACUGCACGCGUCAGUUUCUGGAUCGCCAGUCUUUCCUCCACCGUUGUUGGCAGUCUCAAUGACUGUCUGAGCGACAGCUCCGUGGCUUGCAACUUGGUGGAGUCGUCGAUCUCAAUCAGAGACAGUACCUCCGAGUCCAGGUCCCAUGGGGUUCUUAAUCUAUGUGCCCUUGUUGCUGGUGAGUUCGUCCACCUGGACGUCGUACUUGCUGUUAGGCAGCACCUUCAACUGGUUGUCAAAGGAACCCCACUCGGUGUUGACAACCAUGUGGGUGACACCUUGAGCCUUGAGCUUCUCUCUCACGUCGUCAGGGAUCUUCUUGAUGUUCUCGAGCUUCUCGUUGUAGGCACCGUUGGUUCCUGUACCGAAAAUACAGCCAACAAGAGUGGUUCCCUCCUUAUUGGAUCCAGUGUACGAUCUGGCCAACAGUGUUCCGACGGUAUCGUUUGCCAAGGCCGAAACGGUGACCGGGACUUUAAGGGCAUCCAGAUGGCUCUGGAACACUUUCACAACGUCCUUGCCAACACAAUCUGGGAUAUUGAACCCUUUGGUCCAUCUAAGCAGAGUACCAGCAUUUAA